AUGCCUUGUCGAUACAACGUGACAACAGCCUUACUGACCGAACCAUCACGAGAUUCGAUGCCUUUGAGCGAGAUUGAGACCAAAUUAAAGAAAUUGGAAAAGCAGCUAAUGGCUCGUGCGGCGAAGUCGUCGUCUUCCUCAACGACAGCUGUACAACAACAACGACGACCUUCACCUCCGCUACCAUUACACCAAGAACUCCAACGCCAGCAGCAGCAGCAGCAGCAACAAUCGACGACGACGACGACAAAAUCUAAACCUCGAUUCAGCCUGGAGCCCACGGGUCUGUGCAUUGAGACCGGGGUCACCGAAGUACAUCAUUUUAUCAAGCUUCUUUUCAGCACCAUCAACAUCGAAAAAAUCCGCAACCGAGCACGAAACGUGUUUGCAGCUCAUUCACGAAGUUCUAUGGGUGCAGCAGCUGGCGUCGUGGCCGACGAUAUAUACAAUAAACCGCCCGACGUGCUUCUCAACGAACUGCUCGCACGAAAUGAUGCGGUUGAACAGAAGUGGCUCGAAAUGAUUAUCAACUCCUGGCAUCAUCGUUGCACGAUCGUUUAUCAAAUGGUGGGUACAAGGUAUUCACCAGGCACAAACUAUUUGCAGCAGUUUUCAGGGGCAGAGCGAACUCGUGAACUACUGCUGGCCAUGUCUGUUCGCGCUUACAUCUAUCACCAUGAAGACGAACUGCAUCAAGAUACAGAGUACCACCUACAGACAGCAAUGGGCCCGGUCUAUCUUCAAUGCGCGCUAGCAUUGUUAGAAGAUUGCCAUACAAUCAGCCAUCGAACGACUAUACGUGCCUUGCUGCACUUGUUCUUGUAUCAUUUUCAUGACAAGGCAGAAGAAGCAUUUCCUUAUUGCGACUUGGCGCUACGCAUGGCUCAGGAUCUAGAUUUGCAUAAGCGGCGAUCACAGCGCGAGCACCAUUAUCAACAACAGCAUCAACAAAAUCAUCUGAACGAUGUAAUGCGAGCAGAAGACGACAGACGACUAUGGUGGGCCACCUACUGGUGUCAACUCUAUACAAUUGUAGAGUAUAAUCGUCCUACCGUACUCCAGGACGACGAAAUCGAAGUGGCGAUGCCACAAAAGCUACCUUCUGAAAAUGCGGACGUUGGUUAUUGUAUUGACUAUUGCAUCAUGUCCAUCAAACUCCUACGUUUACGUCGAUCCAUUGCAGCAGCACUAAAGAAAUCAGAUACAACCAAUGCGCUUUUGUACCAAGUCCGUGAUCUGGAAAAUGGGCUAGAAGAAUGGUACCGUAGCUUGCCCAAACAUGCCCAACUGACUCCACGUUCGAAUGCGACGACGACAUGCGACGAUGAUCCGCUUCGUAGAGAACUCAGUCUUUUGCUUCAUGCACAGUACUAUAGUAUCAAGAUACAAAUGUAUCAAUGUUUUCUCGAAAACUCUACUGCUCUAAGUCUCAUGGCCGUACGUAAUAGUGAGCAGGCGGCAGCAAGUGUGACGAAUAUGCUGGUCCAGUACGGUUCGGCCAUGCGCAUGUGCUCGUGUGUGCGUAUGGUGCCUACGUUACACCGAUGUGUUGCAAUAUUAGCAUCCAAUGCCGAAUUUAAAGAGUCGUCUGCAAUUGCUUUGGAUGCUGUCGAGCGACUACGGAUGCUAGGAUCUGUCUUGAAAAGUUAUUCGUUCAGAUAUGUGGAAGAGAUCGCAGCUGUUAUCAGACUGAUUGAUAGCACACUCCAGCUAUAUCCACCAAACCCAACAACAAAGCCGCCUAAGACCAUCGCACCAGCAGCGAUAAGCACGCCACAACGUCCAGCGAAUGUUAUACCAACAGAACCACAUUAUAACACGCCAACUAGCAGCUCAGCUUAUUCCCAUGCAGCAGCCACCGGUAACAUCACUACCACCGCCACUGCUGCUGCUGAUGUUUCUCAGAACUGCUCGUCACCGCCUCAUCAAGAAUUUAGCUCGCCAUUAGUAGUUAAACAGAAGCCUUUGGAUGAUUCGACACCAUCGCUGUCAGUAGCAACCUUUGUACGAUCGCAACAAUAUCAACCGGAACACCAACCGACAAUGUCUACAUCAGCGCUUGGAAUACGACAGAAACACCAGUAUUAUCAAUCAACUCCCAACAUGACAGAAUUUGAUGGUGAUAACGGUGAUGUUCUUGUGUCAUUAUCAUCAUCAUCCGAUAUGGUUUAUCAAAAACAGCAAAUGGCGACGCCUACAGGCGAUGGCGGUUCCGACAAGGCAGGAGCUGAGUACGAGCAGAUGAUGAAUGCAUAUCAGCAGAGAAUCGUGCCAUCAACGUUGUCGUCAGGAGCAGUAUCUUUUGCAAACAACCUCGGUUUAACAGCAACAAAUCCCGUCAUAUCAAACGCUCCUGAACAAAUAUAUACAUCUGCACCAUCAUUGAAGCCAAUGCUCAGCGAUACACAGGUCUCUCCUCCUCAGUCAUCAAGGUCGCAUCAACAGCAAUCGUAUCAAUCACCAGUACGAUCAAUGCCACAGUCACAGCUACAGCAACAACAACAGCAACAUCAUUCCCAAUCGAAUAGAGCUUGGACAAGUUCCGUGCCUAUAAAUUCGGAAACAUUCGCCCUAUUGGACAUAGCAGAUGGUGGCAAAUUGCCCCUGUCUUUGAAUAAUAGCAUACAGCCAUCCAUACAACAACAAAGCAUUCCACAACAACCAACUUUUGCGUCAAAUAACAAAAACACUGAAUUAUACAUCGCUCGUUCGCAUCUUCAAACACAAACACAACCACAACCACAACAGCAACAGCAACAGCAUCAAACAUCAUCGUCACCGAGGACGGACCGUACAGCGCCAUUCAGCAAAGGUUCUAUAUUUCAUCGCGCACCAGCACCUCCAAGAACGCCCAAAAAUGAUUCCAUGAGCGUGCAGCAACAUUUACACCAGCAACAAUCGUCAAUAUCCACAAUCUCAUCUCCCAGUCAAACGGCACCAUUUAUUCAGGGUUCGAUCUUUCACCGUGUACCAUCACUACCUGGACCCUCAAAGAACAACGUAAACAUUCCGCAACAACAAGAACAGCCACGGUCAUCAAUAUCAUCAACAUCAUACCGCAUUGAACCAUUCAGUCAAGGUUCUAUCUUUCGUCGCGCACCGCCGCCUACUCGACCAUCUAAUAAUAUCUUGGACGAUUCACACCUGGCGAAAUUUCCCAUCGCAGCUCCACCUACAUUUCAUCAACCAUCACUACGACUGGCACAAGAGCAGCAAUAUGUUACCAUUAGUGAAUUACCCAACUUAUCUACAGACGACAGCAGCAGCAGUAGCAACCACAGCAAUAUGAAUAUCGACAGCAGCAGCAGCACCAGUUAUAAUGGCAGCACCAGCAGCAACAAUAAUAGUCGCAGAGCAACUCACAGUCCACAAACAGAUACCAGUAGUAACUUUGACGCCAUGACAUCAUCAUUCCCUCCACCUCCUCCUUACUUUUAUCACCCAUGGACCUCUCCUUCAGAUGCUGAUGAAUCAUCAUCCUCAUCACAACCAGACCGUUCUUCUCCAGGUAUUGUUGUCAAUAACCAUCAAAGUAAUUAUCAUAACCCUCCUUCACCUGCUCCUCCUCCUCCUUCUUCUUCUUUUCCAUCACAUCCUCCAUCCUCGUAUUAUUCUAAUAGAUAA